UUUCACCUGUCUCUCUGCCGAGACCUGAGCGUUAACGGGAGCUCUUAAAUGUCCCUGUCAAUGUCUGACGAUGAGGCUCGGGACCAAGGCCGGUAUGGCGUGCUUCUGUACUACAAAUACACCUCUAUUCCCGACCUCGACAACCUCGUCUCCUUCUACCGCUCAAACUGUGACUCACUACGCUUACUUGGCCGAGUCCGGGUCGCCCCACACGGUGUCAACGUCACCGUUGGUGGGGAGCUGUCGUCUGUGGAGAGACACAUCGCGGCGGUGAAGGGGAACUCUUUGUUCGAAGGGACUGACUUCAAGCUUGCGACUUGUGACUAUCCAUUGAACGAAAAGGUUGCGAGGGAAUGUGGUUUCACUUCUCUUUCUGUCCGAGUUGUCAAGGAACUGGUUACUUUUAGUUGUCAUCCUCUGUUAAAAUCUCCUGACAUUUCAAAUGCCGGGAGGCAUCUCAAUGCUGCCGAGUUCCAUUCUGUUAUUGAGAGUGCCGAGAGAAUUAUGGACAAAGAUGGUCCAACUAAAGCUAGGGAACUUGUUCUGUUGGAUGCAAGGAAUUUGUACGAGACAAGAAUAGGGAAGUUUCAAUCACCCAAUGUGGAAACUUUGGAUCCAAGGAUUAGGCAGUAUAGUGAUUUGCCCUCAUGGAUUGAUGAAAAUUCUGAAAGGUUGCGAGGAAAGCAUGUCCUUAUGUACUGCACUGGUGGAAUCAGGUGUGAGAUGGCAUCCGCAUAUUUAAGGUCAAAAGGUGCUGGAUUUGAAAAUGUGUUUCAGUUAUUUGGUGGAAUACAACGUUACUUAGAACAAUUUCCUGAUGGUGGCUUUUUCAAAGGAAAGAAUUUUGUUUUUGAUCACAGGAUCUCUGUUGGGAGCUCAGAUGCAGAUGUUAAGGGUACCUGCCUUCUUUGCGGAUUGUCUUUCGAUGAUUAUUCUCCUCGGUGCCGAUGCUCUUAUUGUAGAAUGCUUGUUUUGGUCUGUGAUAGUUGUCGGAUGGAGGAUGGUCUUUAUGUUUGUGAGCUGUGCCAAAAGCAUCGUCAACUUAUUGAAGUGGGGAAGUCACGAGUAAUAUUGCCACAGAUUGAGCCAAAUACCAUUUCGUUGGAUGCCAAAGUUUCUCCUCUUCCACUGGGGCAUGGAACUGGUUGUCCAAGAAAACUAAGAAUCCUAUGUUUGCAUGGGUUUCGGCAGAAUGCCUCCAGUUUCAAAGGAAGAACAGCAUCAUUGGCCAAGAAGCUCAAAAGUAUUGCUGACCUAGUCUUUGUUGAUGCAGCCCAUGAAUUGCCAUUCAUCUACCAACCUAGUUUCACAGAGCUACAGCGGGAUUCUGCAUCAUCUCCAUCAGAACAAAUUCCCGCUCCUCCGUCAGAGAAUUGUAGGAAGAAGUUUGCGUGGUUGGUAGCACCUGGUUUCAGUGACAGGUUUGAAAAAGAUUGGAAGGUAGCAGAUGGUCCAUUUGAUCCUCUCCAAUAUCAACAGCAAACUGGUGGCCUUGAUGUAUCACUUACAUAUUUGAAGGAUGUAUUCUCUCGGGAAGGGCCAUUUGAUGGGAUCUUGGGAUUUUCGCAGGGCGCGGCCAUUGCGGCUUCUGUGGCUGCACAAAGAGGGAGGCUAUUGGGUGACAUUGAUUUUAGAUUUGUGAUUUUGUGCUCAGGGUUUGCUCUUCAUUCACCAGAGCUCGAUAAAGGAUCAAUCAACUGCCCUUCGCUCCAUAUCUUUGGCAACGACCUCGGCAAGGACAGGCAGAUUGCAAGCCAAGCAAGCAGAGAACUUGCUUCAUUGUUCGAAGAUGGUUGCUCAAUUAUUAUUGAACAUGAUUUUGGUCAUAUCAUCCCCACUAGGUCUCCAUACAUGGAUGAAAUCAAGGAUUUCCUUCGAAGAUUUCUUUGACUUAUGAAGUUGUUGACCUGAUGCUUGGAAUGUGGGAUUCACUGCCAUAACACAUCAGAAAGGAGUUUUGACAAUCACUUGCCAUCGGGUGGGGGGGGUCAACACCAGCUUCUUUUUUUUUUUUUUUUGUAUGAUUUACAUUUCUGCAGCUUCAUUCUUGGAGUUUUGCAUGCUGAGAAACUUGUUAAAUGUAACUGUGGAUUAUGUGUCAAUUCAUUAGGGGGUGAUUUUCUUUUUUUUGAGAAA